CCGGAGUCCGCGUUGGUGCGUGCGCGCGGCUGCCGUUCCCGGAUCCCGACAGUCCCGUCUCCGCCUGGUGACCGAAUUCGUGUCGACUGCCCAGAGUCCGCGAAUUCAAGCCCGACACCGACAGCCCGCGCCAGGUUUUGUGACUGUCUUACGGAAAUUUUGACACUAGAAUGUCUCGUCAUCAAUUCUUGUUUGAGCCAAUCACAUGCCAUGCCUGGAAUCAAGAUCGGACACAGAUAGCACUUAGCCCCAAUAACCAUGAGGUUCAUAUUUAUAAGAAAAGCGGAAACCAGUGGAUCAAGAAUCAUGAACUGAAGGAGCAUAAUGGUCGAAUAACAGGCAUUGACUGGGCUCCCCAGAGUGAUCGCAUUGUAACCUGUGGUGCUGACCGUAAUGCUUAUGUAUGGAGUCAGAAAGACGGCGUGUGGAAGCCUACGUUGGUCAUUCUAAGAAUUAACCGUGCUGCAACAUUUGUGAAGUGGUCGCCUCAGGAAAAUAAGUUUGCUGUAGGUAGUGGUGCUCGGCUGAUCUCCGUGUGCUACUUUGAAGGAGAAAAUGAUUGGUGGGUGAGUAAACACAUCAAGAAGCCAAUUCGUUCUACUAUCCUUAGCCUUGACUGGCAUCCCAAUAAUGUCUUACUGGCAGCAGGCUCGUGUGACUUCAAAUGCAGAGUUUUUUCUGCUUACAUCAAAGAAGUAGACACAAAGCCUUCUGCCACACCCUGGGGUUCCAAAAUGCCUUUUGGACAAAUGAUGGCGGAAUUUGGGGGUGCCGGUAGUGGUGGUUGGGUCCACAGUGUAUCUUUCUCUGCCACAGGAAAUCGCUUGGCGUGGGUCAGCCACGAUAGCACUGUAUCUGUUGUCGAUGCUGCUAAAAAUUUGUCGGUUUCUCAAACGAAGACCGAAUUUCUCCCCCUCUUGAGUGUGAUUUUUGUCUCUGAGAAUAACAUAGUGGCAGCAGGCCAUGAUUGCUGUCCGAUGCUGUUCAUGUAUGAUGAUCGUGGUUCUUUGACCUACAUCUCCAAGCUAGACAUUCCAAAGCAGAGCAUUCAGCGCAAUAUGUCUGCCAUGCAGCGCUUCCACAAUCUGGAUAGAAGGGCAACCACAGAGGAUCGAAAUACCACGCUUGAGACUCUCCACCAGAACAGCAUCACCCAAGUCUCAGUAUAUGAAGGUGAUAAGCGAGAUUGUCGGAAGUUUUGCACUACUGGUAUCGAUGGCGCGAUGACAAUUUGGGAUUUGAAGUCUCUGGAAUCCUCAAUCCAAGGUGUGCGAAUCAUGUGAACAGAAGUCCUUGUGAUCUAGCAAGACAAAACACCAUGAGAAAAGAAGAGCUCCCCCCCCACACCCCCGCCCUCCCAGCAGCAGCUGACCAGAGCUGGUGAGAAAAUCCUCAAAAGGAAAAUCAGGAAAGGCACUGAAAAAUAAUGAAAUCAAUGCUCCACCGCUUUAUCAUUCUGGGAAUUGUUUCUUUUUGUUUUUUUUAAAGGAAUUGGUUUGAAGUGGGUUCUUUCUUUUUCUUUUCUUCUUAGCUAAAGCUGCCUUCAAAGCAGUUUCUACGGCAUUCUGAGGGACAUGCCCUAUAAAGGGUGAUUAUGUACACUAAUUUAAGGGGACUUUUAUGUAGUGUGUCUGCUAGAAAAUAAACACUACAAAACUUG